UUUUUCUAAAAAGUUCUUAGUUGAAAAUAUAACAUUUCCAAUUGAACUAAGUGAAUUGCUUCUUUUUUAUUCUUUAUAAAUAAAGUACCCAUUAGUUUAAGUAUAAAUUUUUAACUGAUUUUUAAAUUAAUGUUAAAAAUAUUAGCAAAGAGUAUUGUUCCUACUGAUUCCUUUCACCCCAAUUUCCUUUUGCUUGGCAUUUUCAUUUAUAAGUCGCAACUUAUCAUCUGGACAUUUAUGAAUUCAAGUAAUUCUGACAGCUCGACUAAUAGUAUGAAUAUUGAACAUGUCUAGAAAUGAAAGACAUAGAGCUGAUAAAAGAGCUUCUUCAAGUCGUGCUAGAUCCAAAGAUUCUCCAAGAAGAGAAUUAGAAAAUGUAGUUAAGAGAGCUCGAAAAGACAGAGAUCAAAGUCAGUAUUGGAUUAAUAAAGUUCUUGAAGCUGAAGAAAAAGAUCCAAACAGAUGGAAACAUUCUGGGUUUAAAGAAUUAUAUACUGAUAAAAGGUCUAGGUCAAUCAGUAGACGUUCAUCAAGUAGCUUCUCUUCUAGUUGUUCACGUUCAUCUAUUCACAGAUCAACAUCUCGUAGACGACGUAAACCACUUUCACGAUCACCUGAUUUAAGAAGAUCACGUCGAUCUUUAUCUUUAAGACGAGGCUCUCCUUUAAAUAGACGCCGAUCACCAUAUCGAACUAGAAAAUCUCCUUUAUCUUUACAUUCUAGAAGGAGGCGUAGAUCAUCUUCAGAGUCGCCAGUAGCCAAUGGUUCACGUGCCAGACGAUCAAGAUCACUAAGUAGAAGACGAAGAACUUCUGUAAUAAGUCGCAGUCGUAGAAUACCUUCACCACCACCUAGAAGAAGAGGAUCCAAAAAACAUGGACGUAAACGUAUUCGUAAUUCGUCAGCUGAGGAGGUACGUUCUUCAAGUGUUAGUACAUGUUCAGAUUCUCAUUGUUCAGUAUGUGAAGCCAGAAUACCAAUUAGUAGACGUGAACCUCCACCAGAACCUUUAGCCAGGCCAAAAUCUCCAAAAAUGUCGAGACCGGUUAUUCCCAUACAUGAACGUUCUAGGUCAAGAUCAUUUUCAGUACCGAGAUACACACCUGUGGUGGAAGUAAGUUCCACUACUGGAUUACCUAAAACUGGCCCACCUCCAGAGCCAGUACCUACUAAAACGAAACGUAUUAAAAAAAUAAAAUCGCACAAGAAAAAAAAAUCACAUAGGUCAAAGUCUUCUCAAAUUGAAACAGCUGUUCUACAUCAACCAACAAUUAAAGUAGAAUCAAUGUCUGAAGAAGAAUCAAGUGUUGGUGGUUCAGAUAUGCCAAUGAGUUCUUCUUCUGGAGGUCAUUUAACAUUAUCUGAACGUUUUAGUAAGAUGGCUCAAAUGGGCCGUGCUCAUGAGUUACCACAAAGAAGUCUUCGAGUGACAACUGGUGAUGAUUUUAGAGUUGAAAUUGGUUCACCACCUCAUCCAUUCCCUACUCCAGCUAUAGGGUCAUUACCAGAGGGUACAUCUAUUGAAGAUGUGAAAGGCCGUUUUGCCUAUUAUAAAGAUCAAGGGUAUUUAGGUGAUUUAACAUUAACUGAUUAUGUCAAAUGGGAAGAAUGGUGGUACAAAUAUCAAGAUUGGUUAGAAGCAGAACGUGCAUAUGAUGCUCAUUUAGAUAGGUAUAGAGAUAGAAGAUAUAGAGAUGAGCCUCCUAUAUUUUGACAUGAGAAAAACCACACACAUGGUCAUCAGCAAUACAAUGAAUCCGAAGAUGAUGGAUAAUAUAAAAUAAUAACUAUAAGUAAAAAAAAAAAAACAGGUUUAUAAAGUUAUGGUAAAAACUUAUGAUCUGUG